AUGUCCAGCCUCGAGGAAGACAAGGAGAGGCUGCAGGCCGAGUUGGCCGCGUUGAAACGCGAGGCAUCUGAGACGCGUGUAGCGAAUGCGACUGCCCUCGAGGAGCAACAGCGCACAUUAGCUGCCACGGCGCGACUGCAGGCCGAUCUGGAAGCGCUGCAAGUAGCGUACAGUGGAGCUGUGGACGACCAGGAGCACUUCCAGGCCGGCGAGGCGAUGGCUGCUGACGAGGCGCAACAACUUGGUCCGCUUCGGCGCGCGUUAUGCUUCAAGGACGAGCGUAUUCACGAGCUCGAGGAGGAGGUGCGCCGGGCCAAUGAUUCGGCGGCGGCCCAAGUCGAGAUGGAGCAAGUCGUUUCUGCAGGCCUGCGCGAGCGGAUUGGCCGUCUCGAGCGCCGACUUCGCGACAAGAGCAGCGAGGAUCGUGCGCGAACCGCGAGUGCCGAAAGCGAGCACGAGCUCGCGGUUAUGCGGGAGCAGCUGGAGCGGGCGAGGAGAGAGAGCCAGGACGCGCGCGAUGCCCUCUCCAAGGAAGUAAGGACCAGUACGCGCGAGCGCCGACGUGUCGAAACGGCAGAGGAUGCACUACGUGAUGCGCGCGAGGAGGCGCGUCACAUCCGCGAGGCGGUGGAUGAGCGUGACGGGCUGCGGUUGAAGAUUGCAGUCCUCGAGCAGGAAGGGAACAAGACGCCCAGCGCACUACAGCCCGUGUCCCCGAAUACUCUAAAGGACGCCGCUCCGGGCGGUGUACCGUCGCCGUCGAAGCAGAAUAUCCGCCUCCAGCGCGAGCUCGCCCACAUCCAGUCCCAACAUGCGGCGCUCAAGGCGGCUCACGACAAGCUGCGCGUCGAGUACACCCACCUCUCUGCCAAGCGUGACAAGGACCGUCAACAUUUCAAAGACUUCCACGCAGUGUACAUGGCCCGCAAGGAGGCAAAACGUAAGCGGCGCGAGACUGGGGCCGUAUUGCCUAGCGAACUGUCGGAGGCGGGUGCCACGCCACCAGGCCCGUCGUCUCACCAAAGCUCGGCGCUCGGCAAGAGCUCGCCUGCAAUUCAGGCUGGUGAUGCUGGAGAUGACGAGGUCGAACCCCCAGCCAAGCGGGUACGACCUAGCCCGCCUCACGGACUCGAGAAGAAAGCCACAGAACUGGCUUUAGAUGCUCCACCGCCAGCGGUACGGCGUUCAAGGUCAGAAUCGCCGGCGCCAGACCCAGCCUCUCCGCCGGUACCGUCGCUACCCGGCCCACGGCCUGAGGGACCAGAACCACUCCUGGCCGUCGCUCCCACCAAGCCUCGCGUUUCAUCCACCACCGCACAAGCGUCGACACCAGUCAUCUCCAGAACGACACACGCCUCUACACCAGCACGACCUGGCGCGGCCAUGUCCACCCCAAAUGCUAGGCCAGGUCCUUCCAUGUCGACCCCAACCCUCUCUACUAGAACGCCGACAGGUUUAACGCGCCAAGCGUCGCGCGUCACCCCAUGGCUUGGAGGCAAGGUCAGUCAACCGCGCGCCUCGACCUCGUCUCGCAAGCCCGCUCGCCGCGACUCGUUUGGGAGCGACGACGAAGCCCCAAGCCCUGCGCCUUCGCGCCAUCCGCUAGUCCGCGACAGGACAGGCACAAGUACCAUGCUGCGCAAGACGUUGCAGCGCUCGGCCCAGGGCACGGGGAAAGUCGAAUCGCCAAGUACCGACUCGCUCUCCAAGCUCGACUUUGAGGGUCUGAAUGCCGCCGAGCGGGCGGCGGAACGUAAACGCCUGGCGUCCUUGUCAGCUGCUGAGCGGAGGCAAGUCUAUGCGCCAUAUAAGGGUAAUGGCCGAUAUGUCGCGCCUGACGAUGUGAAGAAGACAUUUGCGGACGAAUUCGAGAUUAACCCUGCACGGAAUGAAGGUGUCACGCAUCAGUACGAUGCGGUUGUGCGGAACCGCGACGCGCGCAAGCAGAUGCAUGGCGGCGACUGCGAGUGUUGUCGUGAUUACUAUGACGCAGUGGGCGAUAUACCCAUCUUCCAUGGAGCGCCAGCGUGGCGUGAUGACCCGGCCGAGAGAGCCGUCGAUAUUGAGGACCACCAGAACCGCGUAUCUCGGCAUCGCGAGGUGUGGCGCCGCCCGCCGACGCCGCCGGAUUACUGGAAGAUUGCGUUUCCCACAACGCAAGAGGUCGAGAGUGUCAACCGCCGCGCUGACGAGAUGACGGCCGCGCGAGAGGCCGAGGUACGCCGCGAGGCUGCACACAAGGACAGUAAGUGGCGCAAGCGAGUGUAG